AUGCGUGUAUAUGCCGCCGCCAGGCCAAUGGAGAUUGCGAAUAAGGGGUCGAGUGUUCUGUUGUGUGGGUUAGUGUGGAUGAGGGAGGGGGGCAAGGAGGGAUAUAAAGUGUGCAUAGUGUACAAACUCCACCCCAUCAUAACAAAACGCCACAAACCUAGAAAUAAGAUACUGAUACGCCAUCUCGCAAGCCCAAGCCCGUGA